AUGUCCACCGUCCACUUCAACAUCCAAAAGCACGCGAUACCCACCUCGCACAUCAGGGAGUAUCCCCGAGCCACGGCCGACGACCAGGAAGACGAGCUCCUCCUCGCAAUCAAGCAAUAUACACCCAAAACCCAGUCCAAGGCAGACGAAGGCGACGUGACCAUCAUCGGAGCCCACGCCAACGGCUUCCCCAAGGAACUCUACGAACCUCUCUGGGACGACCUCUACGAGCAAUUCCAAGCCAGAAACAUCCGGAUCCGAAGCAUCUGGAUCGCGGACGUAGCUCAUCAGGGCGACUCCGGCGUUCUCAAUGAGGCCAAGCUGGGCAACGACCCCUCCUGGUGGGAUCACCCUAGAGAUCUCUUCCUGAUGGUCAACCAUUUCCGAAAACAUAUGAAGCGGCCGCUCAUUGGUAUCGGACAUAGCAUGGGGGGCAACAACCUCAUCAAUCUAUCCCUGGUGCAUCCUCGCCUCUUGACGAGUUUGAUCAUGAUCGACCCGGUCAUCCAGAGACUCCCCUCUGUCCAAGGCAGUUUCGGUCUCGCGACAGCUUCCACGAAGCGCAGAGAUCGCUGGCCCAGCAGGAAAGAAGCAGAGGCUGCUUUCAAGAGAUCGAAAUUCUACCAGAGAUGGGACUCCCGCGUUCUGGAUAAAUGGCUAGAUCACGGCCUACGCAGAUUACCGACCCACCUCUACCCAGACCCCCAGGCCUCCACGAACAACACAAUACCCGCCCUCUCCGCAGACCCCGGCGCCUCCUCCUCCUCCUCCUCCUCCUCCUCCUCCUCCUCAGCCCCAAUCGACCGAGGAGAACUCACCCUGAAAACCACCAAACACCAAGAAGUCCUAACCUUCCUGCGCCCCAACUUCCCAACCGCAGAAUUCCCCUCCCCGUCCACCCAUCCCAACCCCCUCACCCACCCCGACGUAGACCCCGACACCGCGCCUUCCCACCCCUUCUACCGCCCCGAAACCCAUUCCACCUUCAAACGCCUCCCCCACCUCCGUCCGAGCGUCUUCUACGUCUUCGGCGACGAAUCAGACCUCUCCGCCCCCUUGCUCAAGGCCGAUAAACUCGCGCAGACGGGUAUAGGCGUCGGGGGCUCCGGUGGUGUGCACAGGGGCCGAGUGAGCGAGGUGACGUUCAAGGGUGUCGGCCAUCUCAUUCCGAUGGAAGUCGUGGGGAAGACGGCGGAGGCGAUUGCGGGUUGGGUGCAGCCGGAAUUGGAGAGGUGGAAGCGGCUGGAGGAAGGGGAGAGGAGGCAGUGGAGUCGGGUUUCGAAGCGUGCGAAGAGCCAGUUGAGCGAGGAGUAUCAGAGGGUCAUUACCAGCGAUUGGGGGGCGGAGUCGCAGCGGAUGGCGGGAGCAAAGUCUUCCAAACUAUGA